CAUCUACGUGCCGCUGGGAGGUUCUCGCCACGGUCUUCUUUACCAAAUGUUAUCCACUGGCCUUGCGUUCGGGUUCGUCUGCCUGUGGCACGGCGGCCAUGACUACUUGCGAUACUGGGCCCUGAUGAAUUGGGUCGGAGUUGUGGUGGAAAGCACACUGAAGUCUGUCUUUGCCUCAUCUUACAUUCAAUCCAUUGUUAAGCGAAAUGUCUCUCCGGCGAUAGAGAGGCGUUGCAUUGCCCUUCUCUCUGCCUUCUCCACCGCCAUGCUCAUCCUCUCUAAUCUGGUGUUCCUCGGGGGGAUACAUGUUGGCAGAAUCUUCUGGAAGCGUGUCUUCGUUCAAGGUUGGUCCAACAUUGCCCUGCCUAUGCUGGCUUUCCUCUACUGCUUUGCUCAGAUUGGACUGGAGUGGACUUCUCGCCCACCAUGAGGAACCUUGACUUUGUAUCGGAGGCAGAAUCCCCCGAAUGCGACCUGCUGAGUCCGGAGCCUUGUCCUCACCAGACAGAGGCUCUGUGGCACACCUGGCUCUCCUCCACAGAGCGUCCUAAACCUGGCUGAAGUGCAGCAGAGCAGACACUUUCACAACCUGCAAGGCCGUGCUAAAUCUGCCUGUAAGCUAAGACUUAACGGAUCACUGCGGAUUCUCCCUGAGGAGUUUCGUGGAAAAUGAAAGUGCACAUAAGCUGUAAUUGACUCAAAUUCAGGGCAUUUCCAAUAUGAGCCCUUACAGUGUCAAAGCAUGUUUUCUACACAAUAAACUACACUGAAUCACUGUUAUUCUAAGAAACUGUAAAUUCAAAUAUGGAACCUAAAUCUGUUUGGUAAAAUGACUUUGAUAAAGUAUUGCUUAGUGGUGCGGUAAGCUGGAGAAAUGCAAAUUUCUAAUUUACCGUCCUCCUUUAGCUCGCCACUAAAGCGUUUGUUUAUUCAAAGGUGCAGGCACAGAAUGCUCAAUGGAGCAGCAGGGAACCUGAUCAAUGUCAUUAUUCCACUUACAGAUGCAAUUUAGGUAAAGUAGGAUGACACUAAUAUUUAUAGAUGUAUUUUUUAAACACUUCCGAUGGACUACUAACUUUUCUUUCAGCACAGUAACAAUGAUAGAUGACAUGUAUCCACUGGAAUGCAGAUAAAAGGAAAAAAAAA